AUGAUUGGAAGGCCGGGAGAGGUGCGCAUUGGAAGUGGCAGUGAGAUUUGUGAUCUGCCCAAUGAAGCGACGGACGAGCCUUGGGAGCCAUCCUUCUCGGGGUCGCAAGAGAAGGCUGUCUUGGGGGCCAAGAAGCUCAGGCCCGUGGCUGUGGACUCGGGCUCGAUACGAAAACAGCAUCGCCUCGACGGCGAGUCUGGGCCCCUGGGAAAUGGAGGAAGCGGCGUACGGCAGAAGACCCAGAGUACGGGGAUCUCCGCUGCCUGCCAGUUCCUUAUCGUGUCUUAUCGGGCCCUUAUCAGUGCCCUUAUCGUGCGGGGAAUCGCUCUCAUGGCGGGCGGUCCGCGCACCUCGACCGGCGGAACGCGCACCUCCCCAACCAUACGCAAGCUGAAGCUUCCUAUGGGCGAUGCGUACGAGUAUGGAUGCUUCCGAUAUGAAGUCAGUUAG